AGUAAACAUUACUUAUGAUGUAACGUAAACACAUGUGCUCACGUCUUGAUUCAGAACACCACGGUUAGCUUUCAAUUUACAAAAUGAAUCACGGUUAUGGAUAUAACACAUUAGAUCAGUAUGGACAUUCAAAUCCUUACUCACAACAAAAUGGCAUGUUCAACCAACAAGCAUGGAAUCACGGAAUGAACAGACACCAGUUUCCUCCAGGCCAGUUCCCCGGGCCCGCGGCUGGACCUUGGCAAUAUCCACCAAGGGGACCACGCAUCCAAGGCCCAGGCAUGACACAAGGACAUAACAGUAGACCGCAGUUCCAACAACGGUUUGGUAACCACCACCAAAGACACAAUAAUCCUUAUCAGAAUCCUCAUAAGAAUCCUCAUAAUGUGACAAACGCAGGCUUCCAGAAUGCUAAUUUCCAUAACGUGCCUAAUGACAAGAAGAAAAACAAAAAGAAGAGAAUAGACAAGAGAGAUCUUCCAGAAAACAACCAGUUCUUUUGCGACACAUGUGACAGAGGAUUUUGUUCAGAUGAGAAGUACCAAGAACAUGCCAUGACACAUGAAAAGUGUUCAGAUCCAACCUGUUCCUAUGUGGCUGCCCCGAAGUUGGUCAAGCUACACUUCCAGAUGCAACAUCAAACAGGUCUUGCUCACAAGAUAUGGCAGCUUGAAUCACCUCAAGACAUCAAGAAAUGGAUUGAAGAGAGGAAAAGGAAUUUCCCCACAGCGGCCAACGUAGCAAGGAAGAAGACGGUGGAGGCAGACAGAAGAUCUCGGGGGGAGAAACUGGAUACCAAGUAUUUUGGCAAGAUGAAGGGUGGAAAGCACCGAGGUAAAUGGGGAAACAGGAAACGUGGCUUCGAUGAUGCUCAGUCUGAUGUGCAACAUUCUCCUGCCAAGAAAACAAACACAACAGAACAGACAACACCAGCUAAUGGAGACCUUAAGACUGUCGAUCCUCUAGCAGCCAUUUUGAUGCAGCCUGGAUCUGAAACCGGCACAGAUACUAACCAAGAUCAAGUGAAUGUUGCUGGUGGACUGGCAUCACUGAUGGCAUCUUAUGGAGCAGAUUCAGAAACGGAGGAAGGGCCACACACAUCACACGUCAAGUCACAGCAAAACACAUCUCUAACAAGAUCAUGUGGCAACAACCAAACUAAGACAGACAGUACCCAGAAGCCCAUGUCAAAUAGACAGCGGAAACAGCAGAGGAAACAAAAUGGCAGCUCGAAGAUGUGGAAUACAAAACGAUCAACACUACUAGAACGGUUGCUGGCGAAGGAGAUCCGGCAUGAGCGGAAUGUCCUGCUUCAGUGUGUGCACUACAUUGUCAAGAAAAAGUUUUUUGGUGUUGACCUGGAGGGAAAAAAGAAUUAUUUGGGCUCAAGAUGAUUUUGAGUAAACUUGAUGUUGAAAUGGACAAUAUUAUUUCGUUUCCUUGGUAUAUGCAACAUGAGGAGGAAAUCAGUUCUUCGAGGAUUUCUCUUUUACUUUGGUUAUGAAAAUAUAAUACCUAUUAAUCAUCCUAACUGAUGGUUACAUUACUUUGUUGUAUUUGUCUGAUAAAUAUUCACAAGUG